UUAUGCAAUUUUCUUCAAAAUCUUGUCAAGGUCAGACGACCAAGAAACAUGCUGAUUGACACCAGAGCACCAUGAUGGUAAGUUAGGUAGCCAGUGCGCAGGCGAGCGCACGGUCACCGGCUGCAAUAUACCAGGAGGAGUGGGAGAACAUGAAUCAGUGGGCGGGUGUCGUCCGAGAAGGGAACACGGUUUCACCAGGCUCUCUCGGCGCUUGGCUGUGUUGCAUCACACCAGCUACGACGAUUGCGUCACCACAUUGGUGAGGGUCACGACUGUAUCAUUACUAGACACAGGUAAUAAUGAUAUUUACAUGCAGGGACAGCAGAAAGCACACCGCCCUCGUGAGUGUCUAAAGUAAUUAUCGUCGCUGCCUGAGGAAUGGAAACGGAACACGGAUUGUGCUCCAUCGCUCGUUACUGUCACGUCAUCACCCCUGUAGUGUAUACAUGGAUAUUUUUCGGUGUUACUGUGUUGCCGUGUCUAAGAUGAAUGUCUGUACUAACUUAUAUAUUUCGCAGUCGUGGUGAGAGUUGCUUUCACAGGAGAAUGCCAGUUAUGUGUAAUACAAGUCAGAUUAUACUAAGAUAGCUCCAGUUUUGUACUCACAUAACUUUUAAUAUCUGAAUACUUACCUUAAUUAAUGACACGAUACACACGACCCUCCCUGGCCACACUGAACACCACCUGGAAUAAAUUAGGCUGUGUCAGACAAAUUUGAUUUAUAUAUUUUUAAUAUAACUACCCGGCCCAGACACCUGUAACAGAAACUAAGGAAGAGGUUCCUGGAGGAGACGGUAAAGUUCUGUAGAACCCAAAGUAUUGUUUUAUCAGCUUCAUGUUAUAAAUAUAAGACAUAGGCUUGUGGCAUAAACUACAAUAUUUUAUAGAAGGAACACCUGAUUGUUAAAAUACGUGCAUCUGAACUAUUGUGAGCCCAUCAGAGGAACGCAGUGAAUCCGUCUCUACAAAUGAUUAUGACCAUGGAGAAGGUGGCCAGUAGUCCUGCUAUGUCCACAGAGGGCUGGUCUGACGAGGAAGUGGCCCUCAGUGAAAACGAGGUGGCCGCCCUCAACGUAGCCCUGGGCAUGGGCAUGAGCGUCACCGCCAACACAGAAGACGUGACGGAGAGACACACGGUGGCUGACCUCAGCAGCAUCGUGCCCACCAGCGACCGUAUCUUGUCCGUCGCUCGCCUACAACCCGUCCUGGAAACGGCGGAAACAGCUGAGAGUCUCUCUCUACUAUCAGGCGCCUCGGACGAACCCGGCGAGUCGUUUACUGAAAAAGUCGCCUCCUUCUACAUUGGUGGGGACGACGGGUUCUCUCCCCGCGAAGACAAGACGUCGUCGAGUCGUCGAGAGUCAGUGAUAGGUACCCGCAUUGUGCCUGUCGACGGCGAGAAGUACGGGACAGCAGGGAAGGUGAUGGAGUUCACCCCUCCUGACGGCGGCUACGGCUGGGUGGUGGCGUUCUCGGCCUGCUUCAUCAACAUGUGGAUCGUCGGCUUCAUGAAGAGCUACGGCGUCCUGUAUGUGGAGAUCCGUAGUGCCUUCCCGGAAGCCUCCGCCUACCACACCUCCUGGGUCCCUUCCCUCCUCUCCACCGUCGGCCUCAUUACAGCUCCUGUCACGGGGACGCUGUGUCGACGCUUCACAUCCAGGAAGGUGUCGGUGGUGGGUGGGUUGAUGUGCUUCCUCGGGUUAGUACUGGGCUCCAUCUCCACCACCAUGAACCAACUCAUUCUCAGCUUGGGACUCUUGACCGGUAUGGGGGCUGGCUUCACCACCACGCCUGGGAUCCUUAUCGUCUCCCUGUACUUCGAGAAGCGUCGCACUUUCGCCUCCGCCAUCUGUGUCUCUGGUAACGCUCUGGGCGGUUUCUUCAUGCCACCCCUCGUCAACUACUUGUUGGUCACCUACGGGCUGCGAGGCACCUUGAUGCUGCUCGGUGCCAUGCAACUCCACAUAUGCGUGGCGUCCAUGUUGUACCGUCCCAUCUCCCAUCACGCCAUCGUUCAGGCCCUCGAGCAACAGAAACUGAAGGAGGAGGAAGAAGAGACUGGUCAAUCUGUCCCCAAGGACAAACUUCUCCCCACCGUCCCCGCCUCUCCCCUGCCCAACCCUGCCAGAGAUCCCACAGGCUCUAUUCCCACCACCCCCCUUGCUCGUUCCAGAGCUCUCUGGCAGAAGGUGGUACGCAGACGCCUCUCUUCUACGACCUCAGCGAAGGACGAGGAGCUGCAACGACAAGUGUCCUUCCUACGUAGCGCCUCUAUGAUGAAUAGCAUCCCGGAUCUGACCCAGUACGCCCGCUCCUGGGCCGUGACCCCCGACCGUUCUUCUUUGGGCAGCCGCUCUUCCAUGCGCACGGGUGUUGGUCUGGGAAGUAAGUCUUCACUCUUCAACACGACCACCAGUAGACUGUCUUUGUCAAAACUGCCAAUAUUUGCAGAACAUCCUAGCGUUCUACGACUUUCCUCCGAGGAGGACGGGAAAGUGACUUCUGUUCGCCUGCUACGAGGGAAUUCUCGCCUUCUGUCACAGUCUCGUGUAGCUCCUGGACCAGACAGCAGAUCCCAACUGGCGAGGCAGACGUCGAUACGCACCGUACAGAGUAGAAUAAUGACGUCAGUCAUAGAGGCCGAGACAGAGGAUAAAGAUAUUCAAGUCCAACCAUCUACACAAAGUAAAGAUAUUGUUAUGGAGAAAGAAGAGGCAACAAACGACUAUUCAGCGUUAAGAGAAGAUGAAGAAAAAGAAGUGAAAAGUCCAAGCCGGUGCAUGAUGUGUUGCACCUUCUUUGACUGUGCUCUUUUUAAAGAUCCACUAUUUGUUAUACUGGCAUUAUCUGUAUUCUUUAUGUCAUGUGGAGCCCCGUUCUCUCUCUUCUUCCUCCCGGCCUACGCUGAGACGAUAGACAUUCCGUCAUCACAAGUCCCCACGAUUAUGUCUAUUUCAUCUAUCGUUGACCUCUGUGGCCGCCUGGGAAUGGGAUUUGUGUCUGAUUUAGGCAUCUUCAAAAUGCAUCACAUUUAUGCUGUAAGUGGGUUGAUGGCGGCCACCGCGGUACUGUUGAUCCCACACAUUUCGAGCUACAGCUGGAUGUCGGCGAACCUCUCAAUGUACGGGUUUGGUGUUGGGUCGUGGUUCGUGAUGGUGCCACCCAUCCUAGCCAAGCACCACGGCGCCACCCACUUCGCCUCCUCCUACGGUCUUGUCAGACUCUUCAAUGGACUAAUGAACUUUAUAUCACCCCAGUUUAAUGGUUUUCUGUACGACUUAACGAAGGAUUUCAGGGUAUUGUACUCGUUUAUGGGGUCGUGUAUGGUGUUCGCGUCCUUCAUGGUGCUCAUACUGGUUCCACUGGUCACCCACUGCAAGGCUGUCCGCGCUACGAAACAGGAAAACGACUACAUCAUCAAGAAUCCAGCCUGAUGACUGC